AGAGGCAACACUGAAAACGGCGCACGGCGCUCGAGUGCUUGUAAGCAAGACGUUCUGUACGACACAUACGGCACAUGUGCUUGAAUUGAUCGAAGGGCUAUUAUAUCUAGGAGAAGCGAGAAAACACGAAAAAUUUUCAAAAAAUAUAGAGGAAAGGAGAAACCACACACACACACACACACACACACAAAUCUUCGGCGUUAUAGUGUUCAUUAUCGAGCCUGAAAAGUUUACGUUCGCGCGUGCUGUGUUUAUAAGCCGCCACGGGCGGAUUGAAUUUACGAAGCGGAGGAUACAAUAGCUGCUUAUAAGAAUAUAAUAUAUAUGUGAAAUAAGCGUAUCAAGAGUGCAUCAGAAAGUGUGACUAUUAGAAGAGAUUUACUAUACGAUGUCGCAGUUAUUUACUUUGUUUCUUUUAUUGCUAUACGAGCUACACUAGAUCGCAUUAGUUGACAUAAGCUCUGUUUUUUAUUACUGCACAUAUCAUUAUUAUAUUCCUUUGAUUUAUAUAUAUAUAUUUUAGCAAUUUUAUUAACACUAGUUAAAAAAAUUUUAGCCAUCUCAGACUUUAUCUUCAGAUAUCUAAAAUAAACGAUUUUGAGAAAAAAGCAAGAAAAACUACACUAGUUAAAAAAGCUCCACUUUAAUAUGCAUAUAUGUAUGUACGGUACUCGUCAUUAAUUCGUUCCAGGUCCUUAGCGAAUCGAUAUAAGAUAUGUAACAUAUUCUAUAUCAAGUAUAGAAAUCGGGAACUAAUUAAUGGUAAACUACUUCAAAUUCUUAAAUUGUAUGACAUUAAAAGACAGCGUACAUCAAUGUGUAAAAGAAUCUAUAACAAUGCAAGUAGCAGCGGAACUGACAUGGUGGGGUGUUCCUGAUGUUAAAUUCCCAUUUUACAAUACGGUUUUAUGUCAAGCGAUUUACCAAGCCGUAGGAUCGAAUCGGUACUACCUUAAACCAACCAGGGAAGAAUUUCAAAAAGAAGUUGUGGCAUCUUUAAAAGUUGCAAAACAACGUUUACGAAAUGCCAGAGAAAGACAUGCUGGAAUUCAAGGAAGGCGAAGAAACUUGCAGGCUGCUGCAGAUUUGUAUGACGAAUUGUAUGACGAAAACGUUAGCAAUCACGAAGACGAAAACAUUAGCAAUCACGAAGAUGAUGGAAAUCAAAGCGAAGAUAACGGCGAGCACAUUACAGACGCGGAAAAUGAAAACAAUAGCGACGAGCACUCUAAUGAAUUAUAAAUUUUUCUACGUUUUGUGUAGUAUAUAUAUAUCUAUAUAUUAGAUUGCUAUUAAUAAGUUUGAUUCUUUAUUUUUUUAUUUUUUUUAAUUAGACUUUAAUAAUUGAUAUUUUUAAUAGCAAUAUAAUAUAUAAAUAUUAAUAGCAAUAUAUUAAUAGCGUUAUUAUUAUUAAUAGCAAUAUAAUAUAUAAAUACCUAUAUGUACCUAAAAGAGGCUGCUUACAAACUUACAAUUAGUGUUGCAAUAUAAAAACCAAAGCAAAUAUUUUAUGAAGCUAAUACAUGUUUAUAAUACAAACUUAGAA